AUGGUAUUCCUGGUGAAGCGGACAUUGUGGACCCAGGUCCUCGAGCCCCACGCCUUCAUCACCAAUUCCGGUCUCUGGAUCUUCUAUGCCCGGCCGCCUCGCAACACCGGCCAGGUGGUUGACGAGUACGACAAGGCGACCCUGAACAUUUGGCCCACAAUCCUGACGUGGAGGGCGCCGACGACGGUGGGAGUUACUUUCCCCAGUUCAACCAUCACCUGUCUGCGUGUGGACACGAUUACUGAGGGGAAUUGA